AUGCCUGUUCUACGGGAGGGCCGGGCCAUUAUCAUGGCCGUUCUCGUGCCUAAUUCCUGGUGCGGUUCUGCUGCUCAACAUGGGUUAAUAAGCUGUCUUGGCGGUGUGGGUGAGUAUAUUAGUGAUCAUCGCGACUUCGUGACUUCACGACUUCGCAUGAUACCCCACGGCGAGGGGUAUCAUGGUCCUGGUCCACCUCCUCCUACCACGAGGGCACUGCCCGCGGUCUAUAAGUUGCGACGGCGCCCGCGCAGCCCAAAAUUUGCACACACACUGAUGCUCAACCCCAACGACAACGCGCCUGAUAUCAUGAACUGCGAUACCACAACCAGCCCCGAAGAGCUCAACUGGGCGCCUGAUAUGAUGGACUGCGAUACCACAACCAGCUCCGAAGAGCCCAACUGGGAAGAGACGUGGGCAGCGCUGGAGACUGGUUCUACGCAGGGUGAUCAGAUUUGCCCCACAACGCUGCUGGUGUAUUCGGAUCUAAAUCAAUACCUAAAACGACUAGGCGUGCUAGCUGGAUAUCCACAAAAACUCACCACAUACGUAUUGCGCAGAGGGGCUGCAAACGCUGUCGAUUGCCCUGAGGUGACGGACGUGCAGAGAAAUCAGAUCAUGGGUCACGCAAGGGCGGACGUCUUUCGGAAGCAUUAUCUGCACUCAACCGUGAAAGUAGAUACACAGAGCGCGUAUUUGGGGACUGUCAGCCGCGCCGACCUCAUUAGGAAUAUUGGCUUAAUGAGUGCAAAUAGAGACCCCCGGGCUCCUGUCAGGCUUAAGCCUGGGUUCAAACUUGACAAUCAUCCGGAGAUCGCCGCUCUCAAAGCUGAGAGAGAUCGCAUGGGGCGGAGUCUACGCGCAGAAUAUGGCAUGCUCAAGGCGUCCGAAUCAGCAUUUCCAGCGGGCCAUGAGGCAUAUAUAGCUGCUAAGCGAAAGCUCAAUGCAUGUAAGGUUAGCAUAAAACGCGCCGAAUUGGAACAGUCAAGAAAGACCUUCUUUGAGAGAGAUGAUCAUGAAGAAAUUCAGCAUCAACUACGUGGUGCAGAGGCCUCAAUGUUCACUUAUACCGAGCCUAAGCUAUGCCCAUUGAGAACUUUGGUCGCUACAUAUCACAAGGGCGGUAGCGAUAUCUCAUGA